AUGAUAAAUUCUAGCCAUUCUAAUAAAUCUAAUAAUGCUUCGGUAUCUGAUAUAUUUGUUAAUGCUUCAGUACAAAUAUGCAGGCUUAUGCCAAAUUCUGAUAAUACUCCUGGACAGAUAGAAAAUAGUGCUAAUAUAUACCAGGAUAUGGUUAGCCAAUGUCCUAUAUCCCAUAACCACCCUGAAAUAAAUCAUGAUAAUACUCCCACAAAAGAAAUGAAACAUAAAGAAUGUGUUAGUGAAGAGAUAAUGAAGAGAAUUAAGAAAAAGAAACUUCGGGAACAAAACUUAUCUUCGGAUAAUAAUUUACUAGAACUAUCCAAUUUAUCAUACAAAGAUCAAAUUUUGAAAUUGUCAACAAUAUCGCAAUCUAUUUCUAGCCACUCUGUGACUACAUCUGGUGAUAGCUCUGAUUUAUUAAAACAACUUCCUAUAAAGCAAAAAAAUAAAAUGCCUGAAAUAGAUAUAAAACCUUUAAUACAAGAACUAAAUAUAAAAUCUUUAAAGGAGAAUACUAUUAAAAUUGUUAAUCCACUGUGUGACUGCCUUCGGCAAAAAUUCUACAGAUAA